AUGAUUACUAUCGAUUUCAAUAAGCUAGGUGCUGCGACUGGUUCGACUCCUGGCGCUGCUCGGAUGAAAUAUAUGAGAUUGAGAGAGAAGAUCCUCCCAAUCAGCCCUGAUCUUGCAACCUCUGGAUCCAUCAAGAGAAGUUUUGCUACUGCCAAAACCCAACGCCCCUUUGUCCUUGGCGCGGUGCCUCAGAAACGAAAGGCUCCAGAGGUCCUCAAUGACAAUGGAGAGGAUGCCAAUGACGACUCUGGUUCUUCUUCCAGCGAUGCUGCAAAUUUAAGCAAUGCUACAAAGGCUCAAGCAUCUGUCACUCCGGCUGUGAAUUCCGGGAAGCGCCAGGCUCCAUCUGGCAACAACGACAGCAGGAAUGAUGAAAAGAUCACCAAGAAGAUCAACUCUGUUGCUUCUGCCCAAAGCUCACUUGCCAAUAAACGCAAAACUCGAGGCAAGAAGCUGAACUACGACAUUUCAGCUCUUUGUGGAAGUGCAAACGACGACGGCCGCUCCGAGAUUACCCAAGUGAUUGACGACAGCAGCGAUGACGACUUCGAUGUUGGUGCCGCUGAGACUCGGUCGGGUACUCGUAGCGAUCUGAACAUGCCUACUGCCAAACGAGCCAAGAAGGAGACAUCGGGACAGAUUCGUGGAACCAUCACCAAAUCGGCCUCAUACAGUCGUAAAAAGAGCACGGCAGCCCCCAAAAAGAGAUCGACAGCAAGACCCCGGAUUCCGGCCAAACAGAGGCAGAACAAUUCAGGAUUCCGCAAACCUGCCAUCCCCAAGACCAAGUCCUCCAUUCUUCGUCCAUGUGAUCGACCUUUUCCCAGCAUCGAAGCCUCAUCACCACCUCUCAGUGAAGCCCCAACCGACUCCGACUCCGACUCCGACUCCGAGGGCGACAGUGACAUUGACAUCAAAAGCCUCAAGCCUGGCACAAUCCUCUCCUUCGGCAAGGACGGUGGCAACUCUAUGCCCAGCAGCAACAACAAGGACGGUAUCACCCAGACUCCCAACAAGUCAGCUGCUCGGCCCGCAACCAACACCACUCGCAGUGCUCUCACAAUCUACGGCGCCUCGGACUCGACCUCUGAGUCCUCCGCCUCGUCCAAAUCAUCCAUCUCUCCUGGCCCAGAACUCCAACUUCAGACAAAGCUCAACGCCCACGAUGUCCUCCCAUCCGACAGCGUGUCAAUGAUCAACGAGUCCAAGCCGGCAUUCAACCCUGUCACUCCUCCUCCCCAACCUACAAAUACUUCAACUGAAACUCGCAGCGGUAAGUCGAUCGAUGUGAUUGUCCUCGACGAUUGA